AUGCUCAUUCAAGAGUCCUGGAAAGAUGUCCCUACAAAGGCAGGCGGAGAUGGUUCCAUGCGCAUUUUCCUGUUCCAUCCCACGAUCCCAGGCUACCCGCACGCAAAAUUCCCCGGCGUCGUUGUCUUCUCGGAGAUCUACCAAGUGACUGGUCCUGUCGCGCGGUUUGCCAGACAAAUCGCCGGACAGGGAUACAUUGUCGCGGCGCCCUCCUCCUACCAUGAAUUCACCGGUCCAGAGCCCCUAGCCUACGAUGUCCCGGGUACAGAUGCGGGCAAUGAGUACAAAAUUGUCAAGAAGCUUGCGGCCUACGAUGAAGACGCAGAGUUGUCGGUCUCACUUCUGCUCGGGCUGAAAACAUGCACCGGGAAUGUGGGCUCUACAGGAAUGUGCCUCGGUGGACACCUGGCGUACCGAUGUGCGUUGGACUCAAGGGUCAAAGCUGCAGUCUGCUACUUUGCUACCGAUAUUCAUAGCCACAGCUUGGGUGCAGGCAAGCAGGACGACAGCCUCAAGAGAGCAGGCGACAUCAAAGGAGAAUUGGUCAUGAUCUUCGGCAAGAGUGACAACCAUGUGCCUCCUGAAGGAAGAGAUCUCAUCCGAAAGACACUACACGAAGCUGGCGUCGACUUCUCCUUCUACGAGGUUUUCGGAGCUCAACACGCCUUCAUCCGCGAUGAAUUGAGCAAGGGAAGAUAUGACUCUGCCAUCAGCAAAAUAUGCUUCGAGAUGUUGCUGGAGAUCUUCGGACGAAGACUGAAGAUUGACUUGGGAGAACCGAGUGGAGAGAAGCUGGUGGUGGAAGACGUGUGUUGA